AUGGAUCAGAGAACUAUGAAUAUUAUUUUAAUAUACAUAGCGUACUGCGAGGCAGCUAACAUACUAUAUAUUGUGCCUUUCCCAUCAAAAUCCCACGAUAUCUUUUUCCGUCCCAUUGGUUUGGAAUUAGCUAAGAGAGGCCACAAUGUAACGGUUAUAACAUCCUUUGAUGUCCCAAAUCCACCAAAGAAUUACCACAAAAUUGUUAUAGAGAGGAAAGAAUUAUGGGACUUGAUAGGCACAGGAAGGCCGAACGUCUUUGAAACAAUAAAAUUGAAGACCCACGAGAUGAUAAACGCUAUUCUAUGGCAAGGUGGGCUUCCUUUUACGAAGCACAUACUGAACUCUUCGCAAGUUCAAGAAUUUCUUAGUAAAGACAAUACUUUCGAUCUUGUCAUUAGCGAGACCUUCGUCCAGGAAGCUAUGUACACUUUAGCAUAUAAAUAUAAUGCACCCUUAGUUCUUGUAUCCGCUUUUGGGAAUUGUAUGAGACAUAACAUAGCUGUGGGCAAUCCAUUACAACUUGCUACCGUUCUACAUGAGUUUAUUUCUGUUGAGAACCCAUCAAGUUUCAUUGGGAGACUGGAAAAUCUAUACGUAUCAUUGUAUGAGUAUUUUUGGUGGAGAUUCUGGUAUUUGAAGGAGCAGGAGUCUAUCGCGAGGGCAUUUAUAAAGAACUUGCCUCCAUCGAUGCCGAGUUUAUAUGAAAUGCAUCAGGAUGCAUCGUUGUUCCUGAUUAAUAGCCAUUUCAGUUUCGAUUCUCCAAUGGCCCUUUUGCCUAAUAUUAUUGAAAUAGGAGGGCUACAUGCCACACCGGAGGCUGAAUCUAUUCCAAAAGACAUAGAAAAAAUUCUAGACGAAUCCAUCAAUGGAGUUUUAUACAUAAAUUUCGGCACGAAUGUCAAAAGUUCAGAAUUGCCCCCCGAAAAGAAGAACGCUUUCUUAAAUGUGUUCAACCGACUGAAUAUUACAGUCCUUUGGAAAUUUGAGGAUGACAUCAACACAAAAAUGAUACCAAAUGUUGUUGUAAGAAAAUGGUUCCCACAGCGUAAAAUUUUAGCCCAUCCUAAUAUAAAACUAUUUUUCGGACACGGUGGAAUAAUGAGCACACAAGAAGCGAUCGUUUUCGGCGUUCCCAUAAUCGGUGUACCAAUAUAUGGCGAUCAAUAUAACAAUUUACUUAUAACAGAAGAAGCUGGUUUCGGAAAAAUUCUAAAUUACUACGACAUCAAUGAAGUUAACGUAGAGACGGCAGUUAACGAGAUGUUAUACAAUGCAUCUUAUAUGAGGAAGGCAAAAGAAAUAUCUAGAAGGGCGACAAUAUCUAUGAAAAUGGAUGAAAACAAAAUGAAGAAAGAUUAA